CCAGUGUAGAGGACCCCAGGCACUCCUAGCAUCUUCCAGAACUUGCCAACGUCAUAGGUUACAGUUGUUUUCCCAAACGGCGCAACGCUUGCGUAGUACGCCGGCAAGAUUUGGAAAGUAAGCUUGCUGUUUUCCCGUCGUUUCGCGUGGUUUCGGUCACCGCAAUCCCCGUGGCAUAAAAGGGAAAUGAGGAAUCGUCAUCGUUGUAGUUUCUUGUCCAGUCGCCCUUAGCACUCGAAAAACGCACGAUCGCAAUGUCCAUUGCCAGACAACUUCUCCGUGAAUUCAGGCCUCUCAUGCAGAUGUUUGAGGAGCCGUUCGGGAGGUCUGCCGUUAGUUACGGCUUCCCUCAUCACCACUCUCUCUUUUCAGACCCUUUCUUCGGAUCAGUAAAUGCCCUUCGUCCAGCGGUGGAUGUAUCUGAGGAGGGGGACAAGUAUGUCGUGGAGGCAGACCUGCCGGGUGUGAAGAAAGAAAACGUGGAGAUUAUUGUGGGUGACGGAGGUCGGAGCAUCACUAUCCAAGGGAAGACUCCGGCCAGUCGGCGUAAUGCACCUGAACCCCAAUCCCAGGAGGUCGACAACGAUACAGCGGCCAGCGAAGGAACAGGGGCCGUCACCACCACUGACCAGAGCCAGAAUCAACUGACUACUGAGCGUUUGUGGUCUGGAAGCUCGGUCUUCACGAGGACGGUCUGGCUUCCCCGACCUGUUGAUCGCUCUAAAGUGAAGGCUAAGUUGGAAGAUGGUAUUCUGACGCUGCAGGCUGCGAAGGCGGAAGAUCAGGAGACUGUAAAGGUGCCAGUGGAGUAGAGAAGAAACCGAUUAUUGUAUCGUUGGCUUCUGUACGUUGAGGACGUCCGAACUCUCUACUCAGUCAUAUGUAGCACUGUUUAAAAUCAUGUAUUAGCACGAAAUUGUAUACGUUACACCCAUUGCAUGGUA